UGGCACCUCUGGCAUUUCUCAUUUUGGAAAUUGCUUUGGUCCAGUUUUACUUCCUUCUAUUCAUUGGACCAGAAAAUACAUACCCUUUACCAACAUAUCCACAACAUUUGACAAAGAACUCCUUUAGACCAGCCGAAAUAAUUGUUCCACAGGGAUGCAGGAAUUCAGCCUCAGUUCAGAAAAUCCCUCACAGCUGACGUAGGAGGAUUUAUAGGUUUAGUGGAAAUUGCUUUCCCUGCUCUGCAGAUUACUGUGGGUUGAUUUUUUUUUUUUCAUGAGUAAACAUCCUUCUAGUAAUGAAUAGACCAAUAAUGUCUUAAGAGAGAAAACGAGCAUCCUUUUUCUUUUUGCUCUUUCUUGAAAGAACUGUUCGGACUCGGAAACCCAUGGUGGCUGUCCAGGAUAUAAAAUUUGGCAUCUUCCUUUUGUGGUGGGGUUGGGUUUUGGCCACUGAAAGCCGAGUGCACUGGCAAGAACGAGAAGGACACGAGAUGGCUAAGAAAGGCAGACCUCAAAGACAGAGACAAGAAGCACAUGAAGAUGCCCACCAUCAAGGCAGCCCAGUUCUGAAACGAAGCCCUGACAUCACCAAAUCACCUCUGACAAAGUCAGAGCAGCUUCUGAGGAUAGAUGACCAUGAUUUCAGCAUGAGACCUGGCUUUGGAGGCCCAGCCGUUCCCGUUGGCGUGGAUGUGCAGGUGGAGAGCUUGGACAGCAUCUCAGAAGUUGACAUGGACUUUACCAUGACCCUCUACCUGAGGCACUACUGGAAGGAUGAGAGGCUGUCUUUCCCGAGCACCAACAACCUCAGCAUGACAUUUGACGGACGGCUAGUGAAGAAGAUCUGGGUUCCCGACAUGUUUUUCGUGCACUCCAAGCGCUCCUUCAUCCACGACACCACCACAGACAACGUCAUGCUGCGGGUCCAGCCCGACGGGAAAGUCCUCUACAGUCUCAGGGUUACAGUGACUGCAAUGUGCAACAUGGACUUCAGCCGGUUCCCCCUGGACACCCAAACGUGCUCGCUGGAAAUUGAAAGCUAUGCCUACACGGAAGACGACCUCAUGCUGUACUGGAAAAAAGGCAACGAUUCCUUAAAGACAGAUGAGCGGAUCUCGCUCUCGCAGUUCCUCAUUCAAGAAUUCCACACCACCACUAAACUGGCCUUUUACAGCAGCACAGGCUGGUACAACCGUCUGUACAUUAACUUCACUCUGCGUCGCCACAUCUUCUUCUUCUUGCUCCAAACUUAUUUCCCUGCUACUUUGAUGGUCAUGCUGUCCUGGGUGUCCUUCUGGAUCGACCGCAGAGCUGUGCCUGCCAGAGUCCCUUUGGGUAUCACCACGGUGCUGACCAUGUCCACCAUCAUCACGGGCGUGAACGCCUCCAUGCCCCGUGUCUCCUACAUCAAGGCUGUGGACAUCUACCUCUGGGUCAGCUUCGUGUUCGUGUUCCUCUCGGUGCUGGAGUAUGCGGCCGUCAACUACCUGACCACAGUGCAGGAGCGGAAGGAGCGGAAAUUGCAGGAGAAGCUCCCCUGUGCCUGUGGGUUACCCCAGCCACGUGCGGUGAUGCUGAAAGGCAGCUACAGUGACGGGGAGGUGAAUGACCUGGGAAGCUACAUGCCCGAGAAUGGCGAGAAGCCAGACAGGAUGAUGGUGCAGCUGACCCUGGCCUCAGAGAGGAGCUCCCCCCAGAGGAAAAGUCGAAGAAGCAGCUACGUGAGCAUGAGGAUUGACACCCACGCCAUUGACAAAUACUCCAGGAUAAUUUUUCCAGCAGCAUACAUUUUAUUCAAUUUAAUAUAUUGGUCUAUUUUCUCAUAA